AUGGUCAACCUCGUAAACAACUCGCGCUUUAUUGGUGACCGCAUGCAGCUUACCCCAGACGACACGCUCUGCUGCCCACCACCUCUCUUCCAUUGCUUUGGUCUCACAUUGGGUCUUCUCGCCACGAUAACUCACGGCGGCCGCUUUGUAUCUCCCGCCGAAUCAUUCGACCCCAUAGCUACAAUGCACGCUAUAUCCGACGAACGAUGUACAGCUUUACACGGUGUGCCGGCUAUGAUGGAGGCCAUCGUCAACCUAGACAAACCGGAAGGUUGGAGCUCGGAAUUGCGCACAGGCAUCGUAGCUGGCAGCCCUGUACCAAAAUGGCUGAUGGAGCGCAUGGUGAACGAGCUCGGCAUGAUGGAUUUCACAUCCAGCUACGGUCUCACGGAGGCAAGUCCUACAGUGUUUAACGCGCAUACGACGGACUCGCUGCACACGAGACUCACAACAGUGGGCACCGUAAUGCCACAUGCGCGCGUUAAGAUUGUCGACCGCGACAACCACGUCGUGCCCAUCGGUGUGCGCGGUGAGCUCUGCGUGGCGGGAUACCAGCUGUGCAGAGGGUACUGGGAGAACCCGGCAAAAACAGCGGAAGUGCUGGUCAGAGAUGACCAAGGCGAGCUGUGGCUGCACACUGGUGACGAGGCUGUGUUGGAUGUAGACGGUUACUGCACCAUCACAGGCCGCUUCAAGGACAUCAUCAUCCGUGGCGGCGAGAACAUAUACCCCCUCGAAAUCGAAGAGCGCCUCGUGUCGCACCCGUCCAUCGCGCGCGCCAUCGUCGUCGGCAUAUCACAUCCAAAAUACAUCGAGGUGCCUAUCGCAUUCCUCCAGCUGGAAGAGGGCACCGAGAAGCCAGAUUUGGAAGGAGUCCAAAAGUGGGUUAGGAAAGUGUUGGGCAGGCACAAGGCGCCGACGAAGGUGUUUUGGCUGGGGCAGGAUUGCGACGCCGAGGUGCCGCUUACGGGGAGUGGGAAGGUGAAAAAGUUCGUGCUAAGAGAUGUUGCGGAGGGACUGGUUAGAGAGGGGCGGUAA